GUAUAACGCCUAAGGCGGAGCAAGAAAACGUACUCACUAGGAUAGCAGUUACGGAACACUAUUGGUUUAUUUAACAUGUCAAACAUUAAUAUAAUUAAGACGUUUUUUUCAAUAAAUUGUCUGUAACUUUGAUGUUACAAGACUUCAUUUGAGCGCUUGUGUAACGGCUGAAUGUUCGUAACUCUGGAUUAUUACAGUGGCAGAGAGCAGUGUUGUUAAAAGAAGUGACCUGCCAAAAACUGAGGACACUGGAGUAAAAAAAACGAUGCAAUCAAAAAACAGAUAUCAAUAUCUCAUGGGCAAAUACCGGCGGAAGCUAACAUUCUUUAUGAUCUGUGGACUAUUGUUAUUGGUGUCCUAUAUUUCUAUGCUUAGCAGCAAAAACAGUAACAUUAACGCAAUUCUGGGACAACUAAAACGAAAUCCGGGUGAAAAUAAUUCAAAUGCAGCACCAAAAGACAAUUUGGCAUACCAUUCAAGAAUACCCAUAGGUGUCACAUAUAAUGGGAAGAUUGGCAACGCAAUUCAAGAUAAUGUUCGUCGAAAAAAUGUGGACAUGUUUUCCGAUGGUCUUAAUAUCAAAGAGAACGGGAUUGCAACCGCCAGCUACAUGUAUACGGAUGGAGCCUUUGUGCGCGACAAUCAGUCCAAAGAAUUUAACUUAACUCAAAGAUCGAAAUCAGGGCAACAAGUUUUCGGCUGGAUUUCCACUCUUAACCAAAAAAACGAACAUUCUGGCGAAGGAACCGAAGAUUUGAUGACACUGAAGCCGUUUUCUUUCCUGAAAACAUACAGAAAUCCAUGUUGGUACGGAGAUGCCUUCAACUACACCGGAGACGACGUCGCUGGGUCACCGCGCGCUCCAGCACGCAUUGCGCACAGAGUCUUCUGCUUGCCUUAUUAUUACCUCGUUGGAGCUCCUAAGUGCGGCACGACAGAUUUAUUUAUAAAGAUGGUCCAGCAUCCGGAAGUUUCAAGGUCGGUACCGAAAGAACCGCACUGGGUCACUCGACGACGAUUUUUUAAAGAUAAGAAAUUUCAUAACAUUUCAAGUUACUUUCAAAUAUUCUCCAUGGCCACCCUGCAGAUCGUUCAAAGCAAAUUAAAGAAUGGUUAUCAUCCACUAGUAUUCGGUGACCAUAGUGCGUCGACCCUGUGGGAUAACGACUUCUGGACCAUUCUUCCGCAGUUUGCAAACUUGACCGAGCCACCUAUUACUGCGGCUGACGUUAUCCAUCACUUGAACCCGAACGCAAAGAUAAUCGCUAUGCUGCGGAACCCGACUGAGAGACUCUACUCAGAUUAUCUGUUUUUCAACCAAGGUGACAAAAGUCCAGAGUCCUUCCACAAAGGUGUCUCCGUGGUGCUGGAGAGUCUGAAGACGUGUCUCGCAAUCAACUCACUGAGACAUUGCCUCUAUAAGCCCCCGAGCAGCGAACCCGAGUUCCAUAUCCGGGCUCGAAUCGGAGUGUACCAUCAGUACCUGAAGGAAUACUUCCGCGUGUUCCCCGCCUCGCAGAUACUGGUGCUCAAACUGGAGGAUUACUCGAAGGCGCCCGCGGAGAUCAUCCAAAAAAUAUUCGAAUUCCUUGAAUUGUCUGCGUUUCCCCCAGAGAAAUUGAGCAAUAUUACAAAAUCAAAGAAUCCCGCAAACUCGAGACGGACUAACGACUCCACAAUCGGUCCCAUGCUUCCGGAAACCAGGCGUCUCUUGCAGAACUUCUACUGGCCGCACAAUGAACAACUCGGGGCGCUGCUCGGAAAAACAUUCAAUUACAAUUUGGAUGAGAUAAACUGAGGUUUAUUGCAAUUUUCGUGGGUAUAUGUGCAAUAUACAUGUAUUAAUAGAAUACCUUUAUUUAUCAAA